AUGGCUGAUGCUGCGCCGAAGGAGGAACUGUUUCAAUGGUUUGCAAGUGAGCUCGCAGCAGAGCGCUCCAACUUGGAGACCCGACAUAAACAUCUACUCAAGGAGCUGAGCUCCAAGCUGAAUGCUGGCAAGCUGCGGGGGCCCGCCAGUGCAUUGGAGGCUCUGCGCUUUGCACGGACAGAGGACUCGGACAAGCGGGCCCUGGACAAGCCCACGCCUGAGGAGCCUCAGAAAGCAAUGAAUUUCACGGCUGCCUUGCCUGAAGAGCAGCCUGAAGAAAAGCACGUGUUUGCUGCCAAUCCAGAAGAGGCAGAGAUGCAGAAGGUAGUGGCAGCAGAGGCCGAAAUGGAGGAGGAGACGAAGGCCUUGCACAAGAAGGCCAAGAAAGAGAAAUCCGAGCUGAGCAACACCUUGAGGAGAAAGAGCCAGAAGGCUGAAUACUUCGACGAAGGAUUCUGGUACAAGAUCGCAAGGCAUCCUUUGUUCGAGCUGGUCUUUGCCUGCUGCAUCAUGGGACAUGCAAUUCUAAUGGCUGCAGAGCUGCAGUAUCGGGGCGUCAGCAUUGGAUACGUCAUCGGCUACCCUCACUUCAACCAGACUGCGGAGCAGGCCAUGCCAGGAGCACAGACGGCUUUCGAUGUUCUGGAGUGGACCUUCGGCAUUCUCUUCAUGGUCGAAGCCGCCAUCAAGCUCUGGGGCUUGCGCUGCAAUUACUUUAAGGAAGUCUGGAACUGGUUCGAUUUCGCUCUGGUGUGGCUUUGGAUAGCUGACCGGGCGCUGGAGAACCUGCCCUUCGACACUUCUCUCCUCCGCUUGCUGCGAUUGGCGCGAUUGCUUCGCCUGGUAAAGCUGGCGCGCACGGUUCAGGGAUUCGAUGCCCUUGCAGUCAUGACGACAUCGCUGUAUGGAAGCGUGCAUGCGCUGAUUUGGGUCGCAGCACUGCUCAUCCUCGUACAAAUGACCUUUGCCCUCCUGCUGAGCCAGGUCCUCCUUUUCUACGUCGAGGAUGAAGCAAUGGAAGUGGCAGAUCGACAAGUCGUUUUCGAGUACUUUGGCAAUUUCACGCGGAGUAUUCUCUCGAUGUUUGAGAUUACACUCGGCAAUUGGCCGCCUAUCGCUCGGAUUCUCCAGGAGAAGGUGAGCUCCUGGUUUGUUGUGUUCAGCCUCCUGCACAAGAUAGUCUUCGGCUUUGCAUGUGUUGCUGUCAUCAACGGCGUCUUCAUGCAAGAGACCUUCAAGGUAGCCCAACAAGAUGACCAGAUCAUGUUGAGGACCGUGGAAACAAAACGUAUGGCUCACAGGAAGAAGAUGCAAAUGUUCUUUCAGCAUGCCAACGAUGAUGAUGACAAGGUCCUUUCGCCCGAUGAGUGGAGGGAGGUGCUUGCAGAGGAGAAGGUGAAGCAUUGGUUUGCCGCGCAGGGUUUGAGCAUCUCUGAUCCUGACCUCUUGUGGGACAUUCUAGACACCUCGGGGGACAGGGAGCUCGACUUGGAAGAGCUGAUCCAAGGAACUGCUCGCUUGCAGGGACCUGCCCGAAGCCUUGACCUGGCCGUGCUCAAGAUGGAGCACUACCGCACUUUGGGCGCUGUGAAGGACAUCCGGACUUCCGUGGACAUGCUCCGGCAGCAGGUUAACCUGCUGGUCAGGAAUUCAUUGGAUGUUGCUGUCACCUUCGACGCUUGA